GGUUUUCAUAGCCAAUACAGGAUGUUGUCGGAGUACAAUAAAACAAAAGUACUUUAGAAUGAAACAGAAUUGGUCUGGACACUUUUUGUUGAGCAAACAGGCAGUUCGGUCCACAAGAGAAUGCUGGAGAAAACUGCCGUCUCAUUGGAAGGAGCACAUCUUCACACUUUCACAUGUGGGACCGCUGCGUACACCAAAAUGAUCUGGACCACUUUAUUUCUGCAUCUUCUUGCAUCAUCAGCUGUGAAUACUAGCAGUACUAAUCGCAAUGAUCCUGCUAUAUUGACUGGGGAAUCUGAGGACGCCUCUCUACAAGGCCAAAAAGAGCAUUAUAACAGAGAUGCAGACAAAGACAAAUGCACUAUGCCAUGUGAAAUGACUGCAAAGCUAAUGCGUGAUGAGAAACAUUCCUUGUGUAAUAACCUCCAGCAUACCAUAGUGUCAUAUACAAGAAACACUAGGAAGUUGAUCAGAGAUCUCAUUGAUGAACAGCAGAAAUCCUCAGAAUUUCUGUCAAAUCAGAUAACCGAGCUUAUGGCCAAAGUAAACACACUCAGUUCAGAUGUGCAGAGAAGCAACAGUGACAUCUUUUCGGUAAAGCCCAUGGAGUCCCACGGGAAAGACUGUAGUGACAUCCAAGAGACGCUAGGUGCCGUUUCUCCAAAAAUCCCUAGCGGGAUUUAUAUAAUUCAGCCAGAAAACACAGAUGUUUCCUUUGAGGUGUUCUGUGAGAUGGAUUACAUGGAGGGUGGAUGGACAGUAAUACAGAGACGGAUGGAUGGUCUCACUGACUUCAAACAAAUGUGGUCACAGUACUUGGAUGGAUUUGGACAUUUACCAGGUGAACACUGGUUGGGUUUGAGAAAAAUCUUCAAUAUUGUCAAUCAAAGAAACACACGCUUCCAGCUGCACGUGUCUCUGGUCUCGCAAGAUGACACCACCGCCUAUGCUUCAUAUGACAAUUUCUGGCUUGAAGACGAGACUAAAUUCUUUGCAAUACACCUUGGCAGAUAUGCUGGUAGUGCAGGUGAUGCUUUUCGAGGGUAUGACCAAGAGCAGAAUCAAGACACAGCCCCUUUCAGUACCUCUGAUGUUGACAAUGACGGUUGUUCUCCAUUCUGCACUUUUGCUAAUAAAGCUGUUGAGAGCUGCAGUGUGAACCAGAAUAACACAGGAUGGUGGUUUAAUCAGUGUGGCAAGGCAAAUCUGAAUGGCUCACCACUGGACCAAGAUCUCUCCACCCAGACACAUAUGCACUGGGACACCUGGACCAAAAAUGGCACACUUGUCAAAAUCAAAUCGGUGACUAUGAAGAUCAGAAGAGUUGAGAUCCCGAAUUUAAAAUAAAUCGCUGAAGCUUUGGAAGCUUUUGCAUUAAAGUGGAACAACUUAUCAUCUGGAGUCACUAAAAACUUGCACUUUUUUCUGUGAGCUUUUCUAAAAAAGCAAAGAAUGAACCUUUUGGCAUUGUGAUUAAGUCCACCAUGUUUUUUAAUCCUGGGUCACGGCCCAAAAUAUUCAUCAUCUUUUUUUGUUAUGAAUAAAGGGAACUGUGUCAUUACUAAAAUGUUUUAUUUACAUGGAACCAUGCUAAAUUAAACCAAAUAAUUCAGUCUGAAAGAAACUGUCAAACUAUCAACACGGGAUAUUUCCAGGAAUUCUCCAUUGAAUGUUUACAAGAGAUUUUACUCAAAGCCUGUUUUCGCCACUUUCAGAGUAAAAAUAAAAAUGGUAAUUGUGAGAUAGAGGUUUAAAUAAAGCAAUAUAAAAUAAAAAUGUGUACAAAUCUAUCUUGAAUAUAAAAUAAAACAAAGUAACACUGUAAGGUAUGAAUUCACAGAGGAAUAAAGUCACAUAAUCCCAUGAGGUCACAGUUCAGAGAAAUGAAGUCACAAGAAGCCAAAGUCCUGAGAGUUAGGAAAGUUAUUACAGUUUACUGGAACUUACUCUAAAAGUGAAACUACAUAACAAAAAACCUAAGAACUGAACUGAAACUAUCACACAUUGCUUCAAACCGAAACAGAAAUGAUCCUUUGAUUUUAACAUGAUAUUGAAUUUUCUUUUUUUUGGUUUGAAUACUUUGGACUACAGUUUCAUGAAAUGGCCCUAGCAUUCCCUAAAAUGUAACUGUCCAUCAUAAAGUUCUACAUGAUGAUUUAGAUGGCCAUCUCCCAAAUCAGAGGCAGGACCUUUAAUCAAGUCAUAACCUCUUUGAUUUAAAUCAAGCAGACAAGGAAUGACGGUGAAGAGAUAAUAAGUGACUGAUGGAGAAAUACCAUUUAACAUUUUAUUCAUACUCUAAAUAGGGCUUUUACUGAAUCUUAAUUCAGUUGCACUCUUUGCAGAAUUCAAUUAUGAUAGAAGUUCAACAAGUCUGAAUUACCAUCAAUGAGUAAAGCCCACCCUCAUUUGAACAAGUAUUAAGACCCAUCAGAGGACAUGCAGUUGUCCAAAAAUCCAUAAAAUGUGGGCAAAAUUAUGUUAUGUUGGACUGAAUAAGGAAUCAUUUUAACAACACAAAUUUGUCCCCUGCCAAGUAAUUUACUCAUUACUCAUUACUCAUUUGAGAAAUAGAAAUAAAGACUAAACCAUAAACUAACGUAACUAUUAACCAACAGACAAUAAUGGAAACAAAACAAAAUAAUUUUAAACUGAAAAUGAAAUAAAAACCAACUAAAUUAAAAACCCUGUAUUAAACUAUAACAACUUUGUUACGAGUAAUAAAGUUGCAAUUCCAAGAUCCAAUCACAUUGCAACAUAUAGAGUCACUUUGGGAGAUUUAAAGUCAUAAUUACAGUAACAGUCACAGUUGCAUGAUAUAAAUUCAUGUUGUAAAUAUUUGUAAAUUCACACAGUAAAAACUAAAAAUAUUUACUGAGCACGCUAUUAGACUGCAUUCAUUAAGAUAAUAAAAAAAAGGUUUAAUGAUGUUCUGACAAUGAAAAGCUUUAAGGUGACCAGGCACUUUGAAAUAAGGGUGCACAGCAGUAUCCCCAUUGACUUGGGUGGCCUGUUGUUUGUCCUGAUUCAUUGGCAGGACAGAGAUAAUUAACACGCUUAAAACAAGCUGCAUAGUGUGUGGGCCACUAUUAGCAUCACUGUCCUUUGGUAAAUAUGUCAGUUGAUACGUGUAUAUGGUAAACCAUCUGUACUAUGUCUAUUUACAGCAAAGAAUCCUGCCAGAUUUUGUCCUGCCAAAGACUAAACAAAAAGUCCAGUUCUGCUUAAGUGUUUUGUGAGCAGGACCUUGCCCUGGGUUUAUGUGGGAGUCACUGUGAGAGAUUGGAGGGAAAAAAGGUUUAAACAUUCACUGACGCUCCAGAAGGAAACCUGAUGCAUUAAGAACCGGCGGGUGAAAAAUUUUUUGAAGGUAAAUUGUACUUAACUUGUUUUCUGGGAAACAUGCAAGUAUCUUCUGUUGCUUCCGAAUGGCAGUAUUAAAUGCAAAAAAAACAAAAAAAAAAAAA